CCCCCGCAUGGCGUCGGCGGGGCUGUGGACGCUGGCCGCGCUGGCAGCGGCGGCGCCGGGCUGGUGGUGGCCUCCCGCCUCCUGCCACCAGGGCGCCGCCUCCUGCACCGCCGCCUGUCUGCGCCAGUGCUGGCAGAACUGCGGUCCUCUGCAAGCGAACCGAUCGCUGUGGGGCACUCUCUGCGCUGCAGACCCCGCAUGUGCUGGGACGUGUCGCCAGCUGUGUAGGAAUGCCGCAACAUCCCCGCCGCCUCCACCUCGCGGCGCCUCCGCCCCCGGUGCGGAAUGGCUAACACGGCUGCUGGCGGUUGUGGCGCAGCCCGGAGGCAGUGUCCGCCCACGUAUGCCCUCCAGCGCUCCAUCGCGGCGCAGCAGCGCCAAGCUCUGGCCGACCCUCGUGGAGGUUGAGGCGCCUCCGCCGUCCAGUCCGGACGAGGCCGGGGUGGUGCUGGUGGACCCCGGCGGGUCCGGAGGAGUCCCUGGCGUCGACCACCUGCCAGACCCAGCUGUUGUCUUCCGUGGCCGCGGCGCCAGCUACGAGGUCACGUAUGGUGACGUCUGGUCUGUAGGCGUGGCGUUAGUAACACAGCAAGGCGUGCUAGUCUUCGCAGAGCUGUCAUGGCGGGCCCCGGAGGACGACAUGGCAGCGGCUUGGCGGGGCGGGGGAUCCCCGCUGUACCUGGUUACGUGGGAGGUAGACGGAGGGGGAAUCACCGGCAACCUCUACACAGACUCCUCCUGCGUCACGCUCUCUCUCUGGGCAGACACUGUCUUCCACAUACAGGUGGAGCUGGUGCGUCAUUCGGUGGCCAUCAGCCGCAGCGGGCGCCUGCGCAUCGACACGGCGGGUCACCGCAGCGAGGCGGCUGGAGGCGGCGGAGGCGCCGGAGAAGGCGACGCCGACGCAGACGUCGACGCGCCGCUGGUGGAGCGGCUGCGGCCGCGCGACGCGUGGUUCGUGCCGGUGCUGCCCAACGCCGCCGUCGCCGCGGCCUUCUUCGCUGUGGCCUGCUGGCGCGUCAGGCGACGGCACCGCCAGGCGGCGGCUGCAAAAAACACUGCCGUCAGCAGCCCACAGUGUGGCACGGCAACUGUUAAGCCUGUCGGAGCAAAGCGGUUGCCGCCAAUGGGGCCAGAUGACUUGUGCGUCUGAAGUCAGCAGAAGAGCGCGCACAGGAUCAGUGCAUAGUCACCUCGUGAUACUCAUCCUCAUCUAGUCACUGUUGUAAACCAGUAGUCCUAGCUUUUUACACUUACAUACUCCUUUGUUACUUAUAAAUAAGGUGUUACUCUAUCCUCGUGAGCAACUAAAAGCAUAUGGACUGCUGUGCUCAUUGCCAGUAAGAUAACUCUGGCGUUAUGUAUACAUCCCUACAUAUGUUGCACACGCUACGUGGUAGCACCGCGUCAGGAUGCAACUCAACUUGUGCAGUGGACAUCUGCAGUAACCUGCCCAAAUUACUGAAGUGGUGACGUUGGCGGAAAACUGCAUAAGAUAAAACAAGUGUUCGUUUUACUGCGAGUAACUGAAUGAAUUAUGGUGAGAAAUUAUAUUUAUCGACUGUAGUGUCAUCUCAAAAUGAAGCAACCACUUCUAGGGCUAUUGAAUUAACGAUCAAAUGGGCAAGUGGGUGGUAGUGAAUUCCACUGUCACAAUAUGUUGACGAUCGCCAGUGACGUAACUUGCUGCUUAGUAUGAAAGUCAGUGAACAGCACUUAAAAUUUGUGUACUGUCCGAAGCUAGAGAGAUAAUGUGUCUUAAGCAACUGGAUUGAAACAGGAAAAGGCGCAGCCAAAUGACGGGGUUUGUUUAUAGCUGGUGGGCGUACGCAGUCAAUCGGGACCUUGUUCGAGCAUCCAAAUCAUUCAGUGAAUUGUUCAACUUAUGGUAGAAAGCAGCUGCACUAAAAAAUAGACAUCUGAUGGAAAUUAUUCUCUAACAUCCACACCUCACAAGCUCUGUGGCUUUCUCACCAGAAAUAAAUUCCUUGUAAACUAUGCCACAAAACGUUGCAAUUAAUACCGUGUCGAAAAUACCCGAAUUUGUGAGGAUCAUUGUAUGAAAGUUCUGAUUUCUAGAAAACAGUCACUACCUUCGAAGCUUCAGAGAAACAGCAGGCCUUUUCUUAAUAUUUUAUAGUUGUUCCAGGGAAGCCUAUGUUGCUGAAGGAAGUAGGUGACGCUGUUUCAGUUUAUAGAUUUUUAUGUGACUGUUUCCUCUUUUCGAUGCGGUUCAAUGAUAUAUUUGCUGUUUAUGCGUAGUUGUUUACCAAGCACUGCAUUCUUCAGUCGUAAGAAUUCAGUAAGCUACUGCCGGUGUGGAGUAUUAAGUAUAACGAGAGUAUGCAGCUAUCUACAGUUCGAUUUGAGACACCCUUUGAAACAAGUUUCCACGAGAACAAACUGUUGUAUUUUACCGCCUGCGUUGGAGAAACAGUUACAAGUGAAAUGAAUGGCUUGUAUAUAUAAGUCACAAAAUAAUAAACAGAAACGAGAAACUAUUUUUGGACAGGGAAUAUUUAAGGAGAGGUGGACCCUUUCUAUUUACACUUUGAAGUAUGAGCUGAAAGCAGCUUUUAAAGUGAAAAUCGACAGUAUUCAUACUAUCUUUAACAUUUUUACUUAAUCCCAAAUUUAGAAAAAUACGCUAAAUGUUCAAGUACCAAGGAAAUUUCCUAUAAACUGAAGAUCUUAAGACAUUUUUUGACGGUGAUUUUGGGUGUAACAAAAUGUACUUUACAACUUAAAUUUUCUUACAGCAUCGGAACUAAGUAAUGUGUACUCAUGUAUAACUAGCUGAAAUGCCAAACAUACAAAAAGAUUUUUGUUCGGCGAUUGCUCCUUUGUGCUACGGGCAACUAUACUGAAUGUAACAAGUAUAUACCCACAGUGACAGUGGUUUUGUCAAAUCUUAGUUCGAAUGCUGUGACAUAUUAAAGUAAACAAUCUUUGACACAUGUUGUAGUGAGAGAACUGAAAGGCGGCAUUGUUGUACAGUACUUGAAUUGCCCAUGUCAACACAUCCUGUUACAUUAUGGUAUCCUUAGGAACCAUUUAUAAAUUGACCUAUUUGAUAGUAAUAAGACCAAAGUAUUAAAAUGUAAGCUCCUUCCCAAAUUCUUAUAAUUAGGACAAUCAUAGGAAUCCCAUUUCAUAUCACUAAUGAUAGCUUUUUCUAAGAUAGUCUUUGAAAUAUAUAUGUUCAGCUGUCAUAAACUACAAGUUAUUCCUAUUCUCACACAAAGUAUGAAAUUGGAUUUCAGGAUUGUGGUAUGUUACAUUAACAGUUAAGAGGCAAGGGCCAAGAUAUGGAUUUCAUGAAGAAAAGCACGGUAAUAGAGAUACUUUACAGAAACAAAACAGUUUAAGCUGAUUGUGAUGUCAACAGUUCCAUGUUUCAGUGAUUUGUAUAUUAUUUUUGUAUGAAAUAUUCCCUAACUAACCGCUUUACUUGUUUGAAGACUGUACGAAAUAAAUAAUAAGAUACCUUCAAA